ACUUAGCAUAGAUACCAUAUAGAUUCUUUUUGUUCUACCAACAAAUUUGCAAUUGUUUUCCGUAUUGAGGCCACUCGAACUUUGGGAGUUGUACUAUUUUGAUAUGUGUGCCGUACAAAGUGAUGUUGAACGCAAGGAGAAUGAGAUAUCAUGCCUGGCUGACAUCUAUGGGAGAGAGUUUGAGCAAAUCUCUAUCUGUCCGAGCCGGUACAAGGUUGUUAUCGAUAUGGGGAACGACUUACCGCCGGUCAUCUUGUCGAUCAGUCUGCCGGAAGACUAUCCAAACAAGCCACCUCGGUACGAAUUACAUUUCAAUUUAGAAAAUUGGCAGACGCACACUUUUGUGUCAGAAACUUCGCUAGCGUCUAUGAUCAAUCCAUUAAUGCAGCUGCACGAUCCGGAUAAUCAAUGCAAUCUUGUACGGGCUAUAGAGUGGGUUAGAGAAAAUGCGCCGAGCUAUGUCAGACUUCCUUCAAGCGAAGAUAACAGCGAGUGUGUAUCGCCGAACCAAAGAACUUUGGGAGACCGCGUGCCUAAAGAGAUGCAGUCUAAACACAAGUCCGGAGGGCCCCUGCCGACCAUUUUUCACGGCUCGAUUACGACGAACAAAAAAAGUCGGUUUCAAGCUCACCUGGCAUGUGCCAUCUCAGACCUUGAGGUCAACCAAAUUUUAGAAGAAAUUUGUACAGACAAAAAAAUUGCGUCUGCCACCCAUCCUUGCAUCUACGCCGUCCGACUUCAAUUAGAUCCUAACGAGGAACCUGUCGAGAUGCAGCAUAACGGCGGCGAGGCAGGUGCUGCACAGCGGCUAAUGCACAUUUUGCACACUAGGAAAAUAAAAAAUAUUCUUAUUGUUGUGACGCGGUGGUUCGGAGGAACAAUGCUAGGCCCGGAUCGUUUUCGUGAGAUUACGGCGAGCGCCAAUACGUUGCUGAAUUUGGUUUUUUUAAACACUGAAGAAGCCAACAGCCAAAGCUUAGAAAACAAACCAAUUUGGGAGGUCGGCCAACAUCUUCAGAAGGAAGGUAAUAGACUGAGAGUUGGAUACCGGUCUUCUGCGCAGUCAGACAUUCAAGAAUGCACGUUACGAGCAUUUCAGACUAGGAAGAUUGGGUACCACCAACUGGAGUAUCUAAAGAGAGAAACGGAUGAAAAAAAACUGUGGGAAAGACAGACUGGAAAACACAUCCGCAUUGGGAAACGAUGACCGCAUCAAUUACAGAUGGCCAUGCUUCACUCGUGUGUUUCGGUCGGUCCAAGUAGGACGAAAAGUUUCUCUGCAUAUUUGUGUGUACACAUGCAUUAACCAAUACAAAAAAAACGCGACACUGACGUGCUACUUGAGGCUAGAACAUAGGCUUAUUCUGCGCGGAAUUGGCCAGUUCGUGCAGUUCUUUGGGAACCUUGUUGCCUGUCUUGAUUAGCAUUUGUUUGAGGGCUGGCAUGAUUUCGACAUCCUCUCUCUUGAUAAAGCUGGUGGCCAAGCCGUCUUCUCCUGCUCUUCCCGUACGUCCGAUUCUAUGUGUGUACUCGUCGAUAGUCUUUGGCAGGUCGUAGUUGAUUACAUGGGUGACUCCCUUGAUAUCUAAGCCGCGACCGAUGACAUUUGUUGCCACCAGAAUGUCUACUUCUUUUGCUCGAAAUUCUUCUAUUGCCAGUUCUCGCUGCGCCUGGGGCUUUCCGGAGUGCAGUACGGCUACAAUGUAUCCAAGGCGGCUCAAAAAUUUGGCGAUCAUGUCGCAAUUCUUUUUCUGAUUCAGAAAAAUAAUAAUGGGUGGUGGUGGCCCAUGUUCCAGUAUUUCUUGUAGGCGUCUACGUUUGUCGGCUUCUCCUUUGACGAACUCGACUACUUGUUUGAUUCUGUCUACGGUUCUUCCCACUUCUCCAAUAUACACAUAAGCUGGCUUCUUCAAAUAUUUGGCCGCAAUUCGUUCGAUCGCAGGAGGCAUCGUCGCAGAGAACAAAACCAUCGUUCGAGAGGCGUUUCCUUUAUCGGGUUCUUGCUGAGUGGCCGAACUUUCGUCUUCGCUCUUCAGCUUGGAACGAGGCAUCGCUUCUAGAACUUCGAGCAGCUGCGAUUCGAACCCCAAGUCUAUCAUUUGAUCACCUUCAUCUAACACGACGUAGUUGCAUUGACUGAGCACUAUGUAAAAGCUUCUCAGUAAGUCGACCAGGCGUCCAGGCGUCGCCACAAUUAAUUCGCAGCCCUUCCGCAGCGCCGAGACUUGAGUCUGGAUGUCGACUCCGCCGACUAACAACACUACACGGAAUUUCUUGUAUUUCGUGAAUUUCAAGGCCUCUUGUUCGAUUUGCUGCGCCAAUUCUCUAGUAGGUGCGAGCACGCAUGCGCAUGGACCGUCCUCAUCCGUCUUAGACGUAAGGGGAAGAAGUCUGGAUAUAUAAACCAACAAAGGAAUGAGAAAAGCUGCCGUUUUUCCACUCCCAGUUUCGGCAAUUCCAAUCAUGUCGCGUCCUUCCAGGCCUAUUGGAAUCGCCUGCAUCUGAAUCGCGGACAAGUUCUCAUAUCCCAUGUCCUUCACCGCGCUAAGCAGCCAGUCUGGUAGACCAGAUUCGUGCCAAUAGCGAAUGGGAUGGGGAAUUCCGCCACCUUUUGUCGAAAUGUUGUGGUCUUCUUUGAAAAUUCUCCAAUCUCUCGCCGUCAUUUGUUCGAGCCUCUUUUCGCGCCAGUUUAACCCGCUGUUCUUAUAUUCCUCCUUGAUUUUGCGCAACCUCUCGUCGUAACGGCGGCAACUCUCCCGAUUUUCCGUGUGCUUGAGCAUUGCCUUCAGCUGCUUCUCCUCGUCGAUUCCGGCCACCGAGCCAGUGCCAAAUUGCGGUCGGAACAACACCCUCUUAUUAUACAGCGAAUUCAUUUCGUUGCUUGUGUCCUCGCUCAAAUCCCAAUGAGUGGGCUUUGUGUUGAACUUAUCGCUAGGCUUCAAAACCCUCUUGCGCUUCUCAACUAUCCCGAGCCUCUGACGCUUUAUCUCCUCAAUCUCCUUUUCGCGUUCGUGCCAGUCAUACUUCUGAAUGUACAUGGGCGGCGAGUCCGACGACUCAUUGGGGGGUCUCUCGUGUAUCUGAGACCCCUGCGCCCUCUCCGCUAUCUCGCGUUUGACGGCCUCUUGCCUCAGCAGCAACGCCUGCUCGCGUCUCUGAGCCUUCGUCAAAAA